AUGUCUCAAAUAACCAUAUUCCCGGUGACGAUAGAAGCAGUAGCCGCGGCAGCGGCACUGCUGAUGCUCUUGUCCCUUGGGCCAUCAUCAUCAGCAGCAACAACAACAGAUGAUCCAAGUCCGCCGACGAUCGGGAUGCCCAACUGCGUCACGUCGUGCGCCGACGUGGACGUGCCAUACCCGUUCGGCCUCGGCACGGACCCCAGCUGCUACCUGCCGGGCUACAACCUCACCUGCGACACUACCCCCGGCAACGCGCGGCUGCUCCUCGACGUCAACGGCAUUUUCCAGGUCAUGUCUAUCAGCGACAGCGUUUUAUGGGCUGUACGCCAUGGUGACAUAAAGAUUGAUUUGGACGCCGAUGGCAAUGGCAAGGGCAUGUUCAGCAGCGGCCUUAUGUCCGAUGUGCCCUACACGCUGGCAAAUUAUGGGCGGACCGAGCUCAUCCUGACAGGCUGCAACGUGCAGGCGACGGUGAAGAAAGGCAAUAUCACCGUUGCGAGCUGUAUCUCGCUCUGCGGUAGUUUUGGGGCUGGACCCAUAGAAUAUGAUGGCACCGUGAGAUGCUCCGGCGGCACAGGCUGCUGCCACGGAGACAUCGUCAGCAACGACAACGAGAAUGAAGUGGACAGCAGCAGCACAUCCGGCUAUGACGUGCAGCUCACAUGGUUGGGUCAUGGGAACCGUAGCGCCGACCUCGAACGAUUCCCCAUGCGCGUUUUCAUCGCCGAUGUUCAGUGGUUCGCCAACAGCUCCAUCUCUAGCGAUCUGCUGCAGACAAGUGUACCACCGUCAGAGGAUACAAUGGCAGUUCCACUGUUUCUGUAUUGGGAGAUUGUUGGCGACCGCCGCCACUGCAAGAGCAAUCACAGCGAACGCAUAGAUGGAAGAAAAGGCUAUACAUCAUGCACCUGCAAACAGGGUUUCGUCGGCAAUCCCUACCUCACCGACGGAUGCAAAGCUGUGAAUAUGUGUGACUGGUACUUUGAGUGCUACGGUGAAUGUAUAAAAAACAAGAAUGGAUCCAUGACGUGCCGGUGCCCCCCAGGAACCAUUGGUAACCAUGCAAUACCCGGUGGCUGCCUUGCUAUUGUCGCUGACACAGCUAGCUGCAUGACGUCCUGCGGGGGAGUAAAUGUGCCGUACCCAUUCGGCAUGGGACCAUCCACCAGCUGCUACUUGCCGGGGUUCGACCUCACCUGCGACACAAGUCAUCACCCCCCGCAGCUGCUGCUGGGCAACACUGAGUUCCAAGUCGUCAAUAUCUCCCUUGCCGAUUCCACGAUACGUGUUAUCCGAAGGGCCGCCCUUACAAUCGCUGAGCCCAGCAAGGAGUCCACCUCGUACUGGUCGUUCGGAGGAGAUCUGUCAGGCGGUUCCCACUUUUUUUUCGCCGGAGAAGUGCCUUACUCGCUUUCCACUAGGAACGAGCUCGUGGUGACGGGGUGCAACGCGCAGGCGACGCUUCUCGGUCAUGACAACCCGGCCAUCAUCAGCGGAUGUGCCUCCUUCUGCUACGACAACGACACCGGCAGUAACAAUGGCCUUGGUGGAGGAAAGUACUGCCAUGGCAUGGGCUGCUGCCAGGCACCUAUUUCUGAGUCCUUGGACGGAAUGCCCAAGGAUUUAGUCUUCAAAUGGUUCGACACCACCAAACUUCAGGACCAGCUGCUUCCAUUGCCCGGGUACACCUUCAUCGCCGAGCAGGGUUGGUUUGAGCAGCAGGGCCAUCUAAUCAUGAAGAUGGGUCUGGAAGAAAUGUACGAAACUCCCCUAAAGGUUCCCAUUCUUCUCGGGUGGGAGGUCUUGCAUAAUGGCUCAUCAGCCAAUCCCAGGUCGCAUCGGGAUUGCCCUGGGGAGGUAGCCCGCGACAUCUGCAAGAGUGAGCAUAGCCAGUGCAAACCUGGUAACAGAGGCCAUACGUGCAAGUGCAAUGAUGGCUACCACGGCAAUCCCUACAUCACCGACGGAUGCAAAGGUACUUUCUUGGUGUUUUCAGGUUUAAGCAUUAUUAUUGGAGUAGCCAGUGGGGCUGGCCUCAUUCUUUUGGCUCUCACUAUAUACUUCGUCUCCUACAAAUAUAAGCAACGGAGGUCGCAAAUAUUGAAACAAAAGUUCUUCGAGCAAAAUCGUGGGCAAUUAUUGCAACAAUUGGUAUCACAAAGAGCCGACAUUGCGGAAAAAAUGAUCAUAACCCUGGAAGAGUUAGAGAAGGCAACAAACAAUUUCGAUAAAGCUCGUGAACUUGGUGGUGGUGGGCAUGGAACCGUAUACAAAGGAAUUUUAUCAGACCUCCAUGUCGUAGCCAUCAAGAAACCCAAGAUAUUGGUUCAAAAGGAGAUUGAUGAAUUUAUUAAUGAGGUUGCCAUCCUAUCACAGAUCAACCAUAGGAAUGUAGUAAAACUCUAUGGUUGUUGCCUUGAAACAGAAGUCCCAUUGUUGGUAUAUGAGUUUAUAUCCAACGGUACUCUCUAUGAGCAUCUUCACGUCGAAGCACCAAGUUCUUUGCCAUGGAAGAAAAGGUUGCAAAUAGCAAUUGAAACAGCCAAAUCUCUAGCCUAUCUUCACUCAACGGCUUUAAUGCCUAUCAUCCACAGAGAUAUCAAGUCUGCUAACAUACUUUUAGAUGAUACUCUAACAGCUAAGGUAGCAGACUUUGGAUCGUCAAGGUACAUUCCAUUAGACAAAUCAGGUUUAACAACGAUGGUGCAAGGUACAUUAGGAUAUUUGGAUCCUAUGUACUUCUACACGGGGCGCCUCACAGAAAAAAGUGAUGUUUAUAGCUUUGGUGUUAUGCUCAUAGAACUGAUGACUAGAAAGAAGCCAUUUUCCUAUAUGGAUUCUCACGGAGAUGGCCUUGUGGCACAUUUUGCUACCUUGUUUGCUGAAGGCAACUUGUUGCAGAUAUUAGAUCCACAAGUUACGAACGAGGGUGGGAACAGAAUUGAAGAAAUUGCUGCAAUUGCGGUAGCAUGUAUAGAAUUAAGAGGGGAGGAACGCCCAACCAUGAGACAAGUGGAAUUGAGGCUGGAAGGAGUUCAGUCACAUCUGGAGCAUGUUGCAGCAGUAGGGGAGGAAUUUGAUGCAGAUGGUAUUGUGGUAAAUUCUCUAGUAACAAGAGAUGGGAUAAGCGACCAAGAAAGCCUUACUACACAGUAUAGUACGGAAGAAGAUUUCACAUUAUCAACAAGUCAUCCACGGUAG